CCGGAUGAGGCAGGUCUGACGGCUCAUUUUGCUCUGGAACAUCACUUGGUCGGUCGACACUCCCAAUUGGACGCUGCUUUCACACCCAAUGUGUGCCCCUUAACCGAUACAAAAUCUACGCAACGCCGUCGUUAUUUGGCUGUGGCCUGUCAGGACCGUCGUCUACGGAUUUACAAUAUCACAACCGGUCGACCGGUUCGGUGCUAUCGGGGCAGUUUCAACGAGGAUGGUUGUCUGGUGCGUUGCACUAUCGAUCCAACCGGAUCGAUUGUGGCCACUUCAGGUUCGGACAAACAACUCAAUCUAUUCCAUCUUCUCACGGGCGAAUCCAUUGCCACACUGUGCGGACAUUCUGAGCUGUCCUUGGGAUUGCGUUUCCUGCCGGAUUUACGUCGUUUGGUCAGUGUAAGUUCAGACAGUUGCGUGUUCGUUUGGCGUCUCGCUCCUGGCCUGACGCAACACUUGUGCACAAGGACCAGCAUCGGGGCCAAACGCACACACUCGUUCACCGGGACUAUGGAUAGUCUAUUGCACCCGGUCGCUCCGUUGCGCUGGCCCCGGUCCGGGCGAGCUGCACAAACUGAGGAUGAAGAUGAGGCCAUCACGGAAGCAUCCUCGUGGACCAAUGAUUCGUCUGUCCCCAUGCUGAGACGACCCGGUUCUCGUUAUCCGACCGAUGUGGUCGGUCACAGUAUUCCACUGGAUGAUGAUAGCGAGAUGGAUUUGUGUCAGCUGGACACGGAAGAUCUUUUGCCGCAAGACUCAUUGCAAGAGAGCGGUUUUGGGGACUUGCACGAUGGAAGGUACUCGAUCUGGACCGGUCAGGUAGGUAAACGGCAUCACACUAAAAGGGAUCGACAACUUUUUCACGCACAACUCAGUGCGUGCACGACCCCGGCCGUAUCGGCUAAUACGGUACCGAUGGACUCAGCUAGUGCGAUUGCUACUUUCGACGGAAAUGUGACACGGGCCUUGUUGUGCGCGUGUACUUUCCGCACGAGUUUCUUAUUUCCCGCCCACAUCGGUGCUCAUUCGAACCGAAAUCCAAUACGGGGUUCACGUAACCAGAUUCCUUGA